UCACAAGACACCGAUCCCAUGACGACGACGUAGACGCACAGGAGGGAAAAGAGUGGGAUAACUUUUGUCAGCUAAAGGAUUGAAUAUAUAUAUAUAUAUAUAGGAGUCUGAGUAAGGCAGCAUGCAAUUCAGAUAUACUCUAUCGACGUAUACGAGUGUUUUCAAAUAACUGACUACUACACAGAACCUACAUUUAAUUUUAUUGCAUGCGAGUCCACUCAAAGCCGUUGUUGACUUAUUGCGAAAAAGCAAAACGCAUUGUCUUGAGGCGCAUUUGCAGAUUUUCCACAGCUGUAAUGUAUAUAAAGAAAGAUUACAUCGCUUCGAUGUAACUUUGGGAUUGCACUUUAAAGUACAAUAACCUUUGCAUAACAAAAACAUUUUGUAUCUGCUGCCUGAGGCUCAGCGCAUGCGCUCUAGCUGUUUGCUGUCACUACAACAUUUUUCUUCACAUUGGAAACUGUCACGAGUGACGUCAAUCACGGAGCUCUGACCAAUUAGAGCGCUCCGUGAUUGUUUGGCUCCACGGGCUGCAGCGCCUACCAUGAAUCUCUAUUCAGUAUAUCAAAGCGUCCUGCUGCUGCCCCUCAACCGAAUGGGAUUCCACGUAGGCACUGAGAUAGCAACUAAACUUUAGGGGAAGUUUAUUAUUAUUUUUUUUAUUAUUAUUCUGUAUUUUUCAAAGCGAUUAAAAUAUAUUUGUCAUCAUCAUUAUUAUUAUUAUUUGCCUGCUGUCAAGUUAUUCUAAAAUUAGGAGUAAUGAGCGUGGAUGCUUUAGGAAGCCCUGUGAUGGACCCCGCGUUUUCCAAACGGAACACGACGCUGAGAUUAGUUGACUUGGCAGGGGCGCACCACCAUCACCAUCAUCACCACCAUACCCCUCAGAGCGUGACAGGCUUCCCGGGGUUCAGCAGCCAUCCACACUCAAUGGCUCACUCGCACCCUGGGGAGAUGACUGCGGAACCCCGCCUGGGGCCGAGUCCAUUCGGGCCAGAACACAUGGGGCACUCCGCGGCCCUCAAAAUCAGCCCAACCCAUCAUUAUCCCCACCACCAUCACCACCAUAAUCAUCAUAUUGCAGGCCACGGCGACGUGGUCUCCAGUCAAUCGGGAGCAUUUGGCCCGGUGCAGGCGGCAACGGUCCCGUACUCUAUGUCUCACACGGCCCAGGCGUUAUCCGCAGGUAGGGAUUUCCUCAUUCGACGAGAUUUGACAGCUCAAGCCAUGCCCGUGCUGACCGAUCAGACUUCUGGUGGUUCAUCCUCUCACCACGGAAUGUUUGUCUCGACAACAGGUAGCUAUCCGGGACACUAUGGUCAUCACCCCGACCCCGGGAACCACGCUCUCUUCCCUGGACUUCAUCACGAGCAGCCAUCUAACGGAGCACCAGGUGGCCAAGCCUUGAACGGACAAAUAAGGUUAGGAAUACCUGCCGAAAUGUACGUUAGGUCUGAUCAUUUGAGUCAAGUGGCGAGCUCCAGGGCGGACCCGUUCGCCGGUUCUCCUCUGCACGGAUACGGCGGUCUCAAUCUGAACAUGAAUCUCAGCGCACCCCACCACGGAGCCGGCGCUUUUUUCCGUUACAUGAGGCAACCGAUCAAGCAAGAGCUCAUCUGCAAGUGGUUGGAACCAGAGCACUCCGCCAAGAAACGUUGCUCCAAAACGUACAGCACCAUGCACGAACUAGUUACACAUGUGACUGUGGAGCACGUUGGUGGACCAGAACAGGGGAACCAUAUCUGUUUUUGGGAAGAAUGCCCGCGAGAGGGAAAGCCGUUUAAAGCAAAGUACAAACUUGUGAAUCAUAUCAGAGUUCACACCGGAGAGAAACCGUUUCCCUGUCCAUUCCCUGGCUGUGGAAAAGUAUUUGCUCGGUCGGAAAACCUGAAAAUCCACAAAAGGACACACACAGGCGAAAAGCCUUUUAAAUGUGAGUUCGACGGCUGUGACAGACGAUUCGCCAACAGCAGUGACCGGAAAAAGCAUUCCCACGUACAUACCAGCGAUAAGCCGUACAGCUGCAAAGUCAGAGGUUGUGACAAAUCGUACACGCAUCCCAGCUCUUUGAGAAAACACAUGAAGGUGCACUGCAAGUCUCCACCUCCGAGUUCGGGUUACGAAUCAUCUACUCCAUCUCUUGUUUCUCCUUCAUCGGACUUGGGACGGGAGCAAGCUCCCUCUGCGCUCUCCGAGCCACUCUCGUCAUCGUCCCAGCCGGCCAAUUUAAGCGAAUGGUACGUGUGUCACAGCUCCGGUGCCAGUGGGCCCCAGACCCCACCCAGCGGUUCAUCCACACCGGGCCAUACAGAGGGGUCAAUGUACGGCAAUCCUGAACGGAGGGACGUCUUCUAACCAAAUUCGGGCCAUAGAAUAUUCCCUUGGCAAAAUUACGAAACUGACUUUGACAUCUUUUUUUUUUUGUUUGUUUGUUUAUUUUUUAUUUAUUUAUUUUUUUUAGACAGAAUGGCCGCAGGCUGACACUAAGUCAGUUCAAAUAGUAGGCUUGUUCACAAUUACUGCCUUACUGAAGGAUGCACUGGCUCCUUGACAGCUAAUAUCACUGCCUAACCACCAAUCGAUAUAAAAAACAUGUCAUGAGUAUCUAUGGUUCUAAAUAAUGUAUUGGUCGUACGCAUGUUGCUGUAUUAUUUCUUUGUAAAUUCCGCUUUGAUUUCAAAAUCCAUUUAAUUUAUUUUUUAAUCGGUAAAGAAUUUCUUUUCUUUUUUUUUUCUUUUUAUUUUCUUUUUUUUUAUUAUUAUUAUUAAACCAAAGUGCUUAUUUUAUUAAAAAUUGUACAUAUGUAAAUGACGACGUUUCAAUGUCUAUGUGUGAACAGUAAUUUUGUAAGGUUUGGUCUUUCAGCGAUUUUUAAAUGUUUGCUACUCUACUUCGUACAGAAUUAAUAUUUGGGAUUAUUAUACUCAUUUUGUGCAUUCUCCAGCCAAGCCAAUUUGAUGGAAAUAUUAUUAUUGUAUUUGAUAUGACAUUUCACUUAUGGUUAGUCAUUAAUCAAUGUGGUUAUUUUGUGAUUUUGUAAAUCUUCAACAAUCCAUUUUUAUGAAAAAAAUAUUAAUUCUAAGAAGAGACCUUAAAAAUGUGUACCGAAAUGCCUUGUAAAUUGUCAGUAUUUUAAAAUAAAUUGUGUAUGAUGCAAGGCUAUAA